GCUGUAAUGGAGGGGAGUGUUCGGAGGGCCCCCCGCCCCCAGCGGUGGAGGACCGGGCAAGAUCCCUGAGGCCCGGUCGUAAGAGAACCUCUGCCCUUCUGCACCCCUGGGUCCAGCUUUCUCAAGAGUAUCGGAACAUAGGGCACUGCUUUAUACCAUUGUUCUGUCUGUUUCAGCAUUGUCUAUGCUGACUAGCAGCAGCUCGCUUCUCCCAGGUUUCAGGCAGGAGAUGCCAGGGAUUGGACCUGGAACCUUCUACAUGCAAAGCAGAUGCUCUCUCACUACGUUAUGGCCUUAUCUCCCAUCACAUUUUGCUCUGGGCUGUAACUUGCCUAGGGAGCAAGAGGUUGCCAGUUCGAAUCCCCGCUGAUAUGUUUCCCAGACUAUGGGAAACACCUAUAUCGGGCAACAGCGAUUUUGGAAGAUGCUGAAAGGCAUCAUCUCAUGCUGCGCGGGAGAUGGCAUUGGUCAACCCUUCCUGUAUUCUACCAAAGAAAGCCACAGGGCUCUGUGGGUGCCAGGAGUCGAGACCGACUCGACGGCACAACUUAACCUCUCUGUAGCCCUGGCUGGAUCUGCUAGCAUUUCAGCUUCUAACAGCCAUGGAAGGAUUGGGAGCAGCAGCCCUGGCCUCUUUUGCACCUGAAAUGAACAGCAGGAGAGUGAUGCGGACGCUGGAGAACCUGGCCCGGUUGCAUCAUACUUGCAGACAGCUGUGCUCUCUGGCUUACAGGAAAGCCCACAAGACACAGUGGAAGCCUGUCCUGUCAUCUGCCUACCCCAUGUGCCCGGUUCAGCUCCACCCUCUACUCUGGCAGCAAGACACCAGCUCACAAUGCCGGCUUUUAACUACCAAGGAGAGAAAGAAAUCGGGCAAGGAGAAACUGCGACCAAUACAGCCGAAGAAGGAGAAGCAGGAGGUUUUGAUCAGGCCCAGGAUGACUGUGGAAGAUCUUGCCAAGGCCAUGCAUAAAGACGUAGAUCAUAUAUACGAAGCCCUGCUAAACACAGACAUUGACUUAGACUCACUGGAACCAGAUUCAGUCUUGGAGGAAGCAUGGAUCAAGGACAUUGUUAAAAAAUCCGGCAUGAAGUACCAGUGGGCCAUUUUGAAAGAAGAAAAGGCCAAAGUAAAUAAAGAUGCUGUAAAGAGGCCGCCCGCAGAUCCAGCUUUAUUAACCCCAAGGCCACCGGUUGUCACUAUCCUGGGUCACGUUGACCACGGGAAAACAACGCUCCUUGACAGCCUGCGGAAAACGCAAGUGGCGGCCAUGGAGGCAGGAGGCAUCACCCAACACAUUGGAGCCUUUCUUGUACAUUUGCCUUCUGGGGAAAAGAUAACUUUUCUGGACACUCCUGGCCAUGCUGCAUUUUCAUCCAUGAGGGCAAGAGGAACGUACGUCACUGAUAUAGUCAUAUUGGUGGUAGCCGCAGAAGAUGGAGUAAUGAAACAGACUGUGGAGUCUAUUCAGCAUGCUAAAAAUGCCAAAGUUCCUAUUAUUGUUGCCAUCAACAAAUGCGAUAAGCCUGAAGCAGACCCUGACAGAGUGAAGAAAGAGUUGCUGGCUCAUGACGUCAUUUGUGAAGAGUAUGGAGGAGAUGUUCAAACCGUCCAUAUCUCAGCAUUAAAGGGUGACAACUUGAUGGCUUUAGCGGAGGCAACUGUCACUCUUGCUGAAGUGCUGGAACUGAAGGCAGACUGCUCCGGUCUUGUGGAAGGUACCAUCAUAGAGUCCCGAACAGAUAAAGGAAAAGGUCCAGUCACCACAGCCGUCAUCCAAAGAGGCACUCUGAGAAAAGGCUGCAUUCUGGUUGCAGGGAACAGCUGGGCCAAAGUACGCCUGAUGUUUGACGAGAACGGCAAGGCCAUGGAAACUGCCUCUCCCAGCAUGCCCGUGGAGAUCGUAGGCUGGAAGGAAGUCCCUUCCGCAGGAGAGGAAAUCCUUGAAGUAGAGUCUGAGCAAAGGGCUCGUGAAGUGGUCGAGUGGAGAGCCUACGUGGAGCAGCAGGAGAAAAUGAAGAAGGAUCUAGGGGUCAUAGAGGCCAAGCAGAAGGAGCACAAGGAGGCCUACAACAAGGAGCGAGAAGGCCUGACCAACCUCACGUGGAGGCAGAGGAGCACGAUUCUGUACAAAGCCAAAAGGCACAGCAUGGCCAUCCGGCCUAAAGAAAGGGUGAAGAGCGACAGGAACACCUUGCCUAUCAUCAUCAAAGGUGACGUUGAUGGCUCUGUGGAAACCAUUUUGAAUAUCCUGGAGACCUACGAUGCUGACGAGGAGUGUGAAUUAGACGUGGUUCAUUUUGGAGUUGGAGAUAUCAGUGAAAAUGAUAUAAACCUUGCAGAAACAUUUGAAGGUGUUAUAUAUGGAUUCAAUGUGAAUGCAAAUAAAUCUGCCCAGCAGCUGGCUGCUAAGAAGGGGAUAAAGAUGAAGCUGCACAACAUCAUCUACCGCCUCGUUGAGGACUUGCAGAGAGAGCUGAGCAGCACCUUGCCCUGUGCUGUGGAGGAGCAUGUGCUAGGAGUAGCUGCUGUUUUAGCUACCUUUGAAGUCACAGUAGGAAAAAGUAAAAUCCCAGUGGCUGGCUGCAGGGUGCAGAAGGGGCUGCUGGAUAGAAAGAUGAAGUUUAAACUAAUCCGUAAUGGGGAUGUUAUCUGGACAGGAUGCGCAACAUCACUGAAGCACCAUAAGGAUGAUGUCCCUGUCAUCAAGACUGGCAUGGAUUGUGGGCUUAGUUUGGAUAAAAAUAUAGAAAUUCAAACUGGAGAUGAGAUCGUUUGUUUUAAUGAAAAGGAAGUUGAACGGAAGAUUUCUUGGGACCCAGGAUUUUAACACUCAGACCAGCUAAGGUGUGAUGGACUGAGAAACUUGGACUGUGGCCAAUAAUCUUCACAUAAUACUGCAGAGCGAAGGCUUUCAGGGAACAAUUUCUGUUGUAAAAAACCAGGGACUGAGGAGACAUUGGAGAGAACAAGGCUUUCUAUUUUUCCACACUGUUCCGUUGUAGCUGCCUUAAAUGAAAGAGCAGCAGCAGCAGAUGGAAAUUACUGUCAUUGUAAGAACUGCAUUCUGAGACAAUGAAGUAGGAAGAUCUACUUGGAUCCAUGUUGUGUGUGGAGACAGGUACAAACCAACCUGUGUUUACAGUUCAGGCAGCACCAAAAGAUGUUGCUGAGCACCUUAACUUGUUAAAUCAGAGGACAUUAGUGGGAGAUCAAAGCUUUUGUCCAAACAGGAGUCCCAAUUUAGAAUGUUAGCCAUGCAUUAGUCUGUAUUCCUGCAUUUUGGGAUACUGCCAACAGCAUAUUUUCAUAUCCUUUUGGGCUAACACUGGCAUUGUUUGCAUCAGAUUGGAGUAUACCCAUGUGGUAGCCUAUACACUGAUUAAUAAAUAACAUCUGAAUAAAUGUUUUUGUAUAGAU